AUGGCACGCCCCAAGCUUCAGCUUGUAUUCACCAAUGUGGACGACAGAUACGAACCCAUGUCUCUGCUCGGUACCCGGCUCUAUGAGAACCGGGUUCCCAUUGACGGCCUAGUCAACCCCCACCCGGAGCUUACAAGUCCCAUCUCCAUGUCCAGGAUCAACGCUGCAGUGCGACACAAUGCUCACGACGGUUGGCCGGCCGGCAACUUUGACAAGAAGCUCGUCAUUGAGGGAGGCAAGCUCAACGCGGAGGACGCUGAAUCUGGACAUGAGUAA